ACUAAUAAUAAAAUCAUACUGUACAUGAUAAGGUAUAACCAAUCAUCUGUGUUUUUAUACGGGACUAUUUCUCACUCGGUAUUUUCAACAUGACAUGCAAAGGAGUAUUCUCAGUAAUGUAUUUCAUCAGUUUUGUCCCUAUAUCAUCCUUCGCUAACAGUGCUAUUUGUGAAAAUAAGAAAACCGGAAAAAACGAGUGCUGUCAUAAUUAUAGAAAUGUUUCUGGCACGUGCGAAGCUUGUGUUGGGUCCUGGGGAAGGGGAUGUGGACAAGACUGUGAGUUUGGAUUCUUCGGACAGUUUUGUGAGGAGAAGUGUAGCUGCAGUCAGAAUCAAAUAUGCAACCCAGUCAGUGGAUGUGUGAAUGUCAUCGAUUUCACGACAGAACCAAGUACAGAAUCUGAUCAGAAUGAAGCUGGUGAAGCGCUGAAUUUACAAACAAUCAUCACAACUGUGGGUGGCGUGCUAGUCCUAUCUUUGAUCGGAACUAUUUUGUUUGUGCGACUGAAACUGAAACAAUAUACUAAUACUGGAAAGAUGACAUCAUCAGUACCUUCAGGCAAUGAAUGUACAUUCCGACUUGAACAGAAAGAUUGUAUUUAUAACGAUGUUAGAGAAUCACGAAUGAUCGAUAAUUCAGAUCUUAGUCCGUGUAAAAAACACACUUUACCAAGAAACAGUGUGGGACACAAUAAACAUAUGCAGCACUGGAGAAGUUUACCAAGACAACAACCUAAAGAAUGGCAGAAUCAGUUAACUCGUUCCAGAACUUUAGUUCCGGGACAGUAUGGGCGAUAUAACAGAUAUUCAGAUGACUAUAACCACCUACAAUUUAACAAAAUGUCUACCCUACCGGAUAAACCAUCUGCUAGUACACGCAUAAAUCAUUAUGGCAUGAGGAAGCCGAAAUUUGUGAAGCCUUCAUCAAAAGCCACAAAAGCUGAGGCCCGGAAAUUCAUUGACGAGAAUCAUUAUGUUAAUUUUACAUCGGAAGAGUAUCCUACCACACCUAGAUCCGGAAUCCCAUUGAAGCCUAGGAAUUGUCGUCCAUAUAGUUCUGUUAAAUACAACAGAAAAGUAGAAAUGGAAUAAAAACAACGGAAACAAAUAUGACUAUACAUGAAACAUCUAUGUUGGUAAACUUUUCUCGAGUACAAGUCACGUGACGAGAGAAAAUGUAGAUUUCUUUUCCUACCAUAUCCCCAUGAAGUCUUGUACCACCUAUGAUCUCAAUUGUUUCCUUUCUCCCGUCUUACAAUAAUUGUUAUUUGAUAUUUACUGUGAGAUGUUUUUCCCAUAUUCAAUGCUACUGUAUUAAUUUGCAUAACAUGGCCUUCAUUGUUCAUCAUCUUUCUGCAGGCCUUCAUUGUACGCCAUCUUUGGCCUUUUUGUGGUUUCCAUGUUAUGUUUUGUCUUUAUGAGCUAUUCAGUAUUAUGUAUCAUUAAUCAGUAUCAUGUAACAGUAUUAUGUACCAUUAAUCAGUAUCAUGUAACAGUAUUAUGUACCAUUAAUCAGUAUCAUGUAACAGUAUUAUGUACCAUUAAACAGUAUCUUGUAACAGUAUUAUGUAUCAUUAAUCAGUAUCAUGUAACAGUAUUAUGUACCAUUAAUCAGUAUCAUGUAACAGUAUUAUGUAUCAUUAAUCAGUAUCAUGUAACAGUAUUAUGUACCAUUUAUCAGUAUCAUGUAACAGUAUUAUGUAUCAUUAAUCAGUAUCAUGUAACAGUAUUAUGUAUCAUUAAUCAGUAUCAAUAUAACAGUAUUAUGUAUCAUUAAUCAGUAUCAUGUAACAGUAUCAUGUAACAGUAUUAUGUAUCAUUAAUCAGUAUCAUGUAACAGUAUUAUGUAGCAUUAAUCAGUAUCAUGUAACAGUAUUAUGUAUCAUUAAUCAGUAUCAUGUAACAGUAUUAUGUAUCAUUAAUCAGUAUCAUGUAACAGUAUUAUGUAUCAUUAAUCAGUAUCGAUGUAACAGUAUUAUGUACCAUUAAUCAGUAUCAUGUAACAGUAUUAUGUACCAUUAAUCAGUAUCAUAUAACAGUAUUAUGUAUCAUUAAUCAGUAUCAUGUAACAGUAUUAUGUGUCAUUAAUCAGUAUCAUGUAACAGUAUUAUGUACCAUUAAUCAGUAUCAUGUAACAGUAUUAUGUAGCAUUAAUCAGUAUCAUAUAACAGUAUUAUGUAUCAUUAAUCAGUAUCAUGUAACAGUAUUAUGUAUCAUUAAUCAGUAUCAUGUAACAGUAUUAUGUACCAUUA